GCUUCAAUUUGUAAAUAAUCACAUACCUUUGUUUUUCCGAUCGCCUUACAUUUUAUCUUUUUGUUUGCCAGUUUUUAAGUGAAAAUAAGUGCUUAAUAGUUUCUAAGCACAACAUGGAACAAACACAGACUACUAAACACAUAGAUUUGGCGGAUCAACAUGGUGACCAAGGGGAAAAGAGCAAUAAUGCCGGCAACUUGGUGGCAGCAGAACUAGAGGAGGCGGGGAAGACUGUAAGCCAAGAAGAGAAAUUUUACGGUAAAAUAGGAAUGCAAACACACAUCAUUUGCAACGAAGAAAGUAUCUGCGUAUGCCCCCAACUGGAGGCGGAGGCCAUCAAUGACAACCGUCAGCUGCUGGAGUUUCGGGUGCGGAGCAGGAACAUCGACUGGAGUCGCUUCGUGCAGCCGCUGGACACGAGUGUGCGUUCGGGAGCGGUUUAUUUGGGCCACCAGGUGGACUUGCUGUACAGCACCCGGCGCCCAGUGACCGAUGAGAACCGCAGGGAGCUGCUCGUCUGCCACGAUAUGAUGGGGAACUACCUCGAGGAUCGGCACUUUCAUAGCUCAGAGAAGUACGACGACUACAGAUUCCAGCACUGGUCGGCCGUGGAUUACUUCUGCUACUUCAGCCACAAGUACGUGACCAUUCCGCCCAGCGGCUGGCUGAAUGCCGCUCAUCGUCAUGGAGUUCCAGUGCUGGGCACUUUCAUAGUGGAGUCUGCCGGACCCCUGGACGAGGUCCUGGCCAGCGAGGAGAGUGUGAGCCGAACGGUGGCGGCUCUGACACGUCUCUGCCUGCACUUUGGCUUUGAGGGAUGGCUGGUCAAUGUGGAGGUACGGGUACCCCAGCAGAACAUGCCUAAUUUGUAUCGUUUUGUGCAGGAACUGACCACCGAGACAGAGUCCCGGGUGCCACAUGGUCGAGUCUUUUGGUACGACAGCGUCACCGAAAGCGGAGAUCUCAAUUGGCAGAACGAGUUGAAUCCGCGCAAUGCCGAGUUUUUCCGCCGCAGCCAUGGAACGCUGGUCAACUACGCUUGGAGCGAUCAGCAUUUGGAACGCAGUGCCAGGCAGGUGGAGCAGGAGAAAUCCCAGCGGCAUCGCGUCUUUAUGGGCCUGGAUGUCUUUGGCCGGAGCCGAAAGGGCGGCUUUCAGACUAUGGAAAGCAUGAACAAGAUAGCCGGAAUGGGCUUCUCGGCGGGUAUCUUUGCUCCCGGCUGGUCAUUCGAGACCCUUGGCUCCUAUGGCUAUAAUAUCAAGAACUCCCGCGGAGAUGAGCAGACAAACGCCGCCUUUCUGGCCAGGAACGAGGCCUGGUGGUCACGCAUUUGGCCAGCUCUGGCCACUCAUCCCUAUCGAUCGCUGCCCUUCUUCACGGAUUUUUGUGUGGGUUCCGGUCUCCGGAACUACGACUGCGGUACCAGGACCUCGGAUUCCGGACGCUCCUUCUUCAAUCUGUCGCGACAGUCGCUGCAGCCGUCGAUUCCGCUGGACAAGAACGCUGUGCACGACUUCGAAACGGCCUUCUCGGGCAGCUGUUCACUUCUUGUGACCAACUACGACCGAGCCUUUCGGCUCUUUGUCACGGACUUUGUGCUAACCCGGGGUGUGCUCCUACUGGGUUAUGCCUUUAAAUUUGGAGGAAUUGGAAGUGAGUACCACUUUUUUGAAGUGGUUGCUCGUGUGACUCCGCUACGUAGAAACGAUCGCUUGAAGGAGGAGCUGUACCUGGUAUGCAGCGAGUACAAUGGAUCGACUCUGUCGCCACAUCGCUGCUUUCUCUCCCCGGUAGUGGAUCCCCUGCCUCCGGGCAUAGUUCAUGCCAAGUUGCCUCAGCAAACCCGAAUGCAGGGAGAGGGCUGGCAUGUGCGUUACUUCCUUGCCAAGUUCGAUGGACCCGUACGGGUCGAAGAUAUAGGAGUAAAAUGCCACAGACCGACGGGAUCCCAGGCAUCGGCUCACCUCGGGGCCGUUUUCGUUGAGGCACCAACCCUCGAAGAUUGGAAUGCAACUUCGUCGCAGCGAAAGGAGGAAAUUGAUGUCUACCGCCGGGAUAUGUGGAAGAGGAGUCAUGUGACCAACUAAUUGGUUGAUUUUAGUUUAGU